GGAGCGCCGUGCAGCCGCAAGGAGAGGCCGCCCCCUCCCCCGCCAGGCGGCUUUACGCCGUUUGCGUAGCGUGCCCCAAGAUGGCGUCGCGGUCGUCGUCGGCGGCGGUGGCCGGAGCGCCGGCAGCGGCGGCGGAGCGGCUGGAAGCGAAGGGAGGGAUGAGGCGGGCGAAAGGCGGCAGCGCGUAGCGGGCGGCUCCCGGCCUGCGGGACACAGAGACCGACAGAGAAAGAGACUCGCGGGGAGGCGGGUCCCCCUCCGUCCCCCCCGUCCUUCCCCGCCCGCCCCUCGCGGGAGCCCCGGCGGCUCCUUCCCCGCCCGCCCCCGCCGCCUCUCCAGGCCUCGCCGUCCCUCGGGCCGCCCCUUGGGAACGGAGGAUGAUGAAGCUCAAGUCCAACCAGACGCGCACCUACGACGGGGACGGCUACAAGAAACGGGCGGCCUGUCUGUGCUUCCGCAGCGAGAGCGAGGAGGAGGUGCUGCUGGUUAGCAGUAGUCGUCAUCCGGAUCGAUGGAUCGUCCCUGGGGGCGGCAUGGAGCCCGAGGAGGAGCCCAACGUGGCUGCUGUGCGAGAAGUCUGCGAAGAGGCUGGAGUGAAAGGGACGUUAGGAAGAUUGGUGGGAAUUUUUGAGAAUCGGGACAGGAAACACAGGACAUAUGUUUACGUACUGAUUGUCACAGAAGUGUUGGAAGACUGGGAGGACUCUGUCAAUAUUGGAAGGAAAAGGGAAUGGUUUAAGAUAGAAGAUGCCAUCAAAGUUCUGCAGUAUCACAAACCGGUGCAGGCCUCGUAUUUUGAAACCUUGAGGCAAGGCUGCUUGGCAAACAACGGCACUCCAGUCAUGACCACGACGUACUCUGAGGGCUCUGUGUCUGACAUCAGAUGACUGAGGACGUCCCUGUGAGAGAGAUUUUGAAAAACAGACUGAAACAUGGAUUCCCCCCCUCCCCUCCCCUUUUUCACAUGCCUCCUCUAUCAAACAAGGCAUGGGCAGCAGCCUGUGGCAGAGCAAGUGUUAAGAGUGCUGCAAUUUAGUGCAAGGUGGGAUUUUUUUUUGUUGUUGUUGGCUUUUUUUUUUUCGUUGUUGUUGUUGUUUUUUGCUUUUUUUGGAUAUGUAUUUUGUAAGAUACAUUUUGUGCAUGAAGUGCCCCUUUCCCGUUACACCGCUUCCAUUGCCUGGCGAGCGAGGCUGCCCGUUUUGCCUCUGCCUUGUGUUCUGAAGUGUCCCAUUUCUGUCAUCCCAGCCAUAGCCACUUUUUUUUUUUAAUUAAAAGACUUCAAAUGUGAGAUCAGCUCUUUAAGUCUUAGUCUGUACUGUAAGGUGCUGUUUGGACCUGCGUGGCGGUCACUUUCAGCACAUGUAUAUAAACAACAUUUUUUUUUGUUAGAUGGAGAAUCUAACAUUUUAAUUUUUUUUUUAAUCCUGGUCUGCUUUGAAAAGAAGGGUUCAUAAUUAAUCUGUUUGCCUUUUGUUCUGUUUUUUUUUCUCUAACAAUACACGUUCUGUGACAGUGCUAGUGGCUGGGCCAGUUUACUCCCCAUUCAGCAACUCCCCAUUUGGUGCAGUGACUCUUGAAGUUGAGGGCAGAGUUUUGAUCACCUGCAGACAUCCCUGCUGCUCAGUCGCUUCUCCUGCAGCUUCUGCCGCCGUUUCUGCUUUUCACAUCAAAAUGAAACAAAAAAAAAAAGAG